CAGCGCACCAGAAGAAGAAGACCGACCAACCGGGGUUUCCUUAAGUUUUUAGUGUGCGCGCUCGGGGGGGGGGGGAUGGCAGGUCGAAGCCGUAGAGCAUGGUUUAGCGUUCUGCUGGGACUCGUCGUCGGCUUCACGCUGGCCUCCAGGCUCAUCCUGCCCAAGGCGGGCGAGCUGAAGAAAGCCGGCCACAAGCGCAAAGCCAGCCCCGCCGGCUGCGGCUUGAAUGGGGGCCACCGGAAGGAGCCCGGCGGCGUGCUGUGGACGCCGCGGGACAACGGUCCGGCGUCCACCGAGAGACCAGGCACCCGGUCCAAUAGCUUCCUCUUCGUGGGCGUCAUGACCGCUCAGAAGUACCUGAACAACCGCGCCGUGGCAGCGCAUAGGACAUGGGCCCAGACCGUUCCGGGACGUGUGGAGUUCUUCUCCAGUGAGGGCUCAGACACCUCCAUCCCCAUUCCCAUAGUUGCUUUGAGGAAUGUGGACGACUCUUACCCGCCCCAGAAGAAGUCAUUCAUGAUGCUUAAGUACAUGCAUGACCACUACCUGGACAAGUAUGAGUGGUUCAUGAGGGCUGAUGAUGAUGUCUAUAUCAAGAGUGAGAAGUUGGAGAGCUUCCUGCGCAGCCUCAACAGCAGCGAGGCCAUCUUCCUAGGUCAGACGGGCAUGGGGGCCAGGGAUGAGUUGGGGAAGCUUGCCCUGGAGCCCGGGGAGAACUUCUGCAUGGGGGGCCCAGGGGUGAUCAUGAGCCGAGAAGUCCUAAGGAGGAUGGUCCCACACAUCAGAGAGUGUCUACAGGAGAUGUACACAACCCAUGAGGACGUAGAAGUGGGCCGUUGUGUCAGGAGGUUUGCAGGGGUCCAGUGUGUCUGGUCCUAUGAGAUGCAGCAGCUCUUCUAUGAAAACUACGAACCAAACAAGAAGGGCUACAUUCGAGAUCUUCACAACAGCAAGAUCCAUCGAGCGAUCACGCUACACCCAAACAAGAACCCCCCUUAUCAAUACCGUCUGCACAGCUAUAUGCUCAGUCGCAAGAUCGCUGAUUUGCGCCACCGCACCAUCCAGCUGCACAGGGAGAUUGUCCAGAUGGGGCGCUACGGAGCAGCAGAUCCCAGCCGCGAGGACCUCCAGCUUGGCAUGCCACCUUCGUUUAUGCGCUUCCACCCACGGCUGAGAGAGGAGGUGCUGGAGUGGGAGUUCCUGACAGGAAAGUACCUCUUCUCCUCAUCUGACGGCCAGCCCCCCCGUCGCGGCAUGGACUCCUCCCAGAGGCAGGCCCUCGAUGACAUUAUCAUGCAAGUGAUGGAGAUGAUCAAUGCUAAUGCAAAGACACGGGGGCGAGUCAUUGAGUUUAAAGAGAUCCAGUAUGGCUACCGAAGAGUUAAUCCUUUGUAUGGGGCAGAGUAUGUCCUGGAUCUUCUUCUGCUGUAUAAGAAACAUAAAGGAAAGACCAUGACUGUGCCUGUGAGGAGACAUGCUUACCUGCAGCAAACGUUUAGCCAGAUCCAGUUCAGAGAGGAAGAAGAGAUGGAUGCCAGAGCUCUGGCCAGCCGCAUCAACAAGGAAUCCGACUCCCUCUCCUUCCUCUCCAACUCCCUCAAGAUGCUGGUGCCCUUCAAGCUCGCGACUUCCGGCAAGGACCAAAGGGAGCCGAAGGAGAAGAAAGUCAACAUCCUGGUGCCUCUGUCUGGGCGGUACGACAUCUUUGUGCGCUUCAUGGCAAAUUUCGAACGUGUUUGCCUGAUCCCCAACCAGAACGUUAAGCUGUUGAUCCUACUCUUCAACACGGACAACAACACGGAGCGGGUCAAGCAGGUGGAGCUGAUGAGGGAAUAUCACAUGAAGUACCCACGUGCCGACAUGGAGAUAAAGCCUGUGGCAGGCUCCUUCUCCCGGGCCCUGGCUUUAGAAGUGGGCUCCUCUCACUUCUCCAAUGACUCGCUGCUCUUCUACUGUGAUGUGGAUUUGCUCUUCACGGCCGACUUCCUCAAGCGCUGUCGGGGAAACACUGCCCUUGGGGAGCAGACCUACUUCCCCAUCAUCUUCAGCCAGUAUGACCCGAAGGUGGUGUAUGCAGGGAAGGUACCCAGCGACAAUCAUUACGUCUUCACGUCUAAAACGGGCCUGUGGAGGCACUAUGGCUUCGGCAUUGUCUGUGUCUACAAGGGCGAUCUCAUCCGUGCUGGGGGCUUUGACACUUCCAUACAAGGGUGGGGGUUGGAGGAUGUGGACCUCUUUAAUAAAUUUGUCCAGUCAGGGAUUAAGUUGUUCAGGAGCACAGACACGGGGAUAGUACACGUCCACCACCCGGUCAUAUGUGACCCCAACCUGGAGGCUAAGCAAUUCAAGAUGUGCCUAGGUUCCAAAGCCUCGUCGCACGGCUCCACACAGCAGCUGGCCGAACUGUGGCUGGAGAAGAAUGACCACGGCUUCCGCAGGUUGGCCAGCAGCCCCAAUAAUGGCUCGGUUAGGACAGCGUGAGAACAGAACUGAACCCCCCUGGCCUGGAUGUGGCCUCCUCCCCUUAGUGGUGUUUUUCAUUGCUUAAUUUAUUUUUUACCGAACUAAAGACUUCACAUGGAUAUAUUUUGAAAAUAUGUCCUUUUUUUCCUUUUUUUUUUUUUUAAGGAAAAGGUUAAGAACGCCGUGUUGAACCGUUAACUGAAAUGGACUUGACUCUUGCAUAGAAGUACUUGUUUUUUUUUAAAUUCGAUAUAAAAAGAAUAUUGGUCAAUAUUCUUCCAGAUGAGCCUGAUUUAUAAUGGGGCCAGAGGGCUCUCGGAGUCUGUUGCAUAUCCAGUAAUGGAGAACAUUGUGUGUAACCUGUCGAGACUGUGUGAAAGUGGGGAUACGAGGGGUUGUUAAUGUGUACCUCAGUGAUGUACACUUAUAAAGUCACAAGUAUUACAUUUGUCUUGUGUGUGGAAAUUAGACUUAUGUUGAUGUAUCCUAUGACCAGCAGUGCUCAACAAACAUAACUGAACUCUUGAUUGUGAAUGUUUACAAGAGGGUUAUUAUUAACAACCUUUUAUGAAUGAAAACGUCGACCUAAAUUACAACAUUUUGAUUGUGACCUAGGGCUGUCUUAUUUGAUUUCUUUCAUUUGCAAUGUUUUCUGUUUGCCUUUAUGACUUCGGUAAUAUACAAAAUAACACUGUUUGUGUUGUCUCCUGGGUUCAUAUUUUCAUUAAUGAUUCAUUUCUGUGAAACCAAGUGCCAGAUUUAAUAUCGGCAAAUCAUCUUCCAUUUUCUAAUUUAUUGAAUUUGCAGUCUCCAUUCUCUGCUCUCUGUCUGAGUAUGUAUAUGGGAAAAGAUGUUCCUUGUUCUUUUUAUAUUUUAAACUCAUUAUCACCAAAGAGUUUUGCACAGUCUGCAUAAGGUAUCAUUGUGUGUUUGUAUGUGUGUGUGUGUGUGUGUGUGUGUGUGUGUGUGUGUGUGUGUGUGUGUGUGUGUGUCUUGUUUUCUCGGUAGUGCAGGCACAAAAAUGUAUUUGUUUGUAGGAUGGCGUGUGUGAGCAGCCCUGUCCCAAGCCUUUUCUGCUAAUGUUUGUGGGGCGUCCUGCGUGACGCUGGGUCAGGUUUUGUUUCGAUGUGCUGACAUGGGAGCAGCGCUCUAUGGGGCCAGGGGAAGUCCCGUGCGUUAUUUUUGUCUUUCCGUUUUGUCAUUCCAUGUUCGAACAAAAAAACUGUUGCGGCUGGUCCCAGUCAAAAGAACUGAGGUCCGAGCACUGGUCCCGUUGGUCACUCAGCUGUGAUGUAAUGACACCAUUAUCUAGUCCUGUUUUCCAGGUUUGUCAGAAGGCUAUUCGCUCAAAGAACUUUAAUGGUUUCUAAUUACAAAUGCAGGGUUGGAUUUAUUCCGUGCGUCCUCUGGUCCUCGCCUGUGUAGUGGUCCCUCUAGGUUUAGGGUCAUCGUAGCAUUCACAUGUGUAAAUGUCUUUUCAUCUGUAGUCCAGCCCCUAACAGGCAAACGGCUAAUUUAUGAGAAAAAUGUAACAAAAGAAACGACAGCGCUCUCAUGAUAGUGUUUUUACUUUCUUGGACCUUUUUGUAAUUUCUUUUCUUUUCAAUCCUGUCCGAAUGGGAAAGGUUUUAUAUUUAAAAAAAAUAAA